CGGGGCAAGACGCGAGCGAGCACUCGGAGUAAUAAUAAUAAUAACGCCGCAUCGUGUGCUUGAAAAGCCUUUAUGGUUGUCCUGGAUUAUACGUUUCCUGUUCCUAUAGCUGAGGAGACCUCAUUUGGAUAAUUAAGUGGUGAAAUAGGAGAAUGAGGAAAAGGGGGGGUACUCGCCUCCUCUCCUCUGCCACAUGGAUCUGCCACCCCUUCUGGUGGCGGUGGACGGAUCCUCUCUGUGCGGGGUAGUGCCGAGAUCUGUCCCAGUCAUUCCAGAUUCGCGUUUAGCUUUGUCUGAAAGGGGGGGAGAAAAAGAAAAAAAAAGGUGCGUUUUGCUUUUGAUGCCUUUGCUACGAGACGUGUGUGAACAACCUGAUUGUAAAUAGGGGCAGACUCUGCAUCCCACAUGAACUACGAUAAUCCUCCUCCUUACCCCGGCCCGGGCCCCACCGCCCCGUACCCGCCCUAUGCACAGCAGCCGGGUGGGCCCCCCGGCCCCUACCCCGGGUAUCCCCCCGGGCCGACCGGGCCCUACCAGCCAGGCCAGCCGGGUUACCAAGGAUAUCCCCAGUACGGGUGGCAGAAUGCACCUCCACCUCCAGGACCGGUGUACGCCGACGGGCCUAAAAACACAGUGUACGUCGUGGAGGAGCGGCGGAGGGACGACACGGGCGAGAGCGCCUGCCUGACAGCCUGCUGGACCGCGCUGUGCUGCUGCUGCCUCUGGGACAUGCUGACCUGAGCCGCCCGCCGCCCGCAGAGCGCUAUGCAGCCUCCCCACUCCUGCCCCCCGACUUCUUUUUUUCUGUUACUGUAAUCAACUGCUCUGCUUUGCACAGCCAAGAGGUUCCCGUCUGUCCGUCCUAGCGCCUUGUCGGGGGUGGGGGGGUGCAACUCCUUUAUUUUAGUAAAGGAAAAGGAGAAAAAAAAAAAAAACCCUUUUUAACAUUUCUAAGACUUUUGUUGUAACUUUGAAGAAUGUGCUGAUGGUGUAUUUCAGCCAAAGGCAUUCUGAUGAAAUGUAUAUUUACCAGUUGAGAUUUUCCUAGCCCUAGAGACAAAGACAUACGCAAUAAUUAAAGCCAACAGUUGAUUUUCUUCGCUA